CUGCAACCUCUGACCAUAAGAACAGAGGCGCUAAAAUUACAAAUGGGCUUCUAUUUAUUCAUCCAACAAGUAUUUAUUGGUGCCUCUUACUUGCGAGGCAAAGGAAAUGCUAUGUAAUUUAGACGGCGAUUAAUGCUAUGAAGAAAAAUUAAGGCUGCAAAGAGAAUGGGACAUGCGUGCAAAGACUUCAAGGAUCCGAAAGUGAGAAGCUUGAGUUUCCCUGGGUGAACAGCUUCCUGGCAGGGGAAACUGGCCACCUGGCCCUCCAGAAUUCCAGAACUUCAGAACCCAGUACACUGCUGUGGGCUGCAGUGGUACCAGUGUGCUUUGGAAGGAGUUUUCUUUCUGUCCCUGGACUUCUUUGGACCGUUCAGCUGCCAACCAGUCCUGCUCUGUUCACCGGGGAGGCCAGGAGCCUACUUUUGAUCACGACUUCCCUCCUCCAGGGCCAGCCCAGCAGCUCUGAGAGUCACCCAACUUCCCGCAGGACAGCCAUGGAGUGGCUUUGGACGGCCCUGCUGAUGGUGGCCUCCUGGGUCCCCGCCACCCACAGCUCACUGGAGCAGGAUGCCACUGUCCGCAGCAUCGACCUCUCCCAGACCUUGCACAUCGAGGAAGAGCGCAACCUGCUGGUGCUGACGCCCGCCGGCAUGGCCCAGAUGCUCAACGAGACCCGCUUCCUCAUGGUGCUUUUCCACAACUCGUCCUCCAAGAAGUCCAAGAACCUGGCGGAAGAGCUCGGCAAAGCUGUGCGGAUGAUGGGCAAGGGCAAGAACGGGAUCGCCUUCGGCAAAGUGGACAUCACCACGGAGAAAGAGCUGAAGCAGGAGUUCUUCAUCAAGAAGGCUCCGGAGCUGAGGCUGUUUUUUGAGGGCAACAGGUCAGAACCCAUCAGCUGCGAAGGAGUGGUUGAAUCUGCAGCCUUGGUGGUUUGGUUGAGGAGACAAAUUAGCCAGAAAGCAAUUUUGUUCAACAACAGCCAGCAGGUGAUAGAGUUUGUGAACUCCAGGCCUUUGGUCAUCAUUGGCUUCUUCCAGGAUUUGGAGGAAGAAGUUGCAGAAGUGUUCUACAAUGUGAUCAAAGACUUCCCCGAGCUUACAUUUGGAGUGAUGGAGAUAAAAAAUACCUUUGGGCGUUUCCAUGUGAUCCUCGACAGUGUCCUGGUAUUCAAAAAGGGGAGAGUUGUGAACCGCCAAGAGCUUAUUAAUGACAAUACCUACAAACAGGACCUCCAGGAAGUCAUAAGAAAUCACCUGACAGACUCUGUGAUUGAGUACAACUCUGAGAGUAAGGAUCUGAUUUACGAGAUGAGGAUCUUGAAUCACAUGCUGCUGUUUGCCUCCAGGAGGUCUGAGUCGUACAGAGCCACAAUCCGGCAAUAUAAGUUGGCCUCCAAGGAAUUUCAGAACAAGAUCCUUUUCAUUCUUGUGGAUACGGAUGAACACAGAAACAGACACAUCUUAGAGUAUUUCCACGUCACAAAGUUCAGUGUCCCAUCUGUUCAAAUCCUAAACUUGAGCUCUGAUGCCCGGUACAAAAUGCCUUCGGAUGAGAUAACCUAUGAAAACCUCAAGGAUUUCGGCGGCAGCUUCCUGAGCAGAAGGGCCAAGAAACAUCAGUCCAGUGAAGAGAUUCGAGACUCCUGGGACCAAGGUCUAGUUAAGCAGCUUGUGGGGAAGAACUUCAACGUAGUCGUCUUUGACAAGGAAAGGGAUGUGUUUGUGAUGUUCUAUGCACCCUGGUCUGAGAAGUGUAGGGUGCUGUUCCCACUGCUGGAGGAUCUGGGCAGGAAGUAUCAAAACCACUCCACAGUCAUCAUCGCCAAGAUUGACAUCACGGCCAAUGACAUCCAGCUGACGAAUCCAGACCGCUACCCCUUCUUCAGGCUUUUCCCCACCAACGCUGAACAGGCUGUACCAUACACGGGAGAGCACACCCUGCAGGGUAUUUCUGGCUUCCUGGAAAGCCAGGUCAAGAUCAGGAUUGAAGAUGAGGAUGAGCUGCUGUCCAUUGAGCAAAAUGAAAUGUUAGAAGAGGAAGUGUUAGCUGAAGAAGAAGGAGGAGGAGGAGGAGGAGGAAGCACUUAUACAGAGCCAGAGUUACCGGGGCAGCAGUUCCCUGAACAGCUGGAGAAUGUGUCCAAGGUGGAGGCCCUGCUGGAAGAGCUCUCUGCAUGGGAGAACGACACCAAGCUGGAAAUGCCAGGGGAGUCGCUGCCAGAGCAGGAGGAUGUACCCAAGGUGGAGGUGCCAGUGGGGCAGAAGAAAAGACCUGAGAAAGAGGAAGAGGUAGCUAAGCCGAAAAGACCUCCAAGACGAGAGAAGAAAUUCAAAGUCAAGGAAGAACUUUAACUUCUCCAAGGGCAGGAGGGAAAGGGGGUCCGUGUUUCAGGUCCUGGCAUAAUUACUGAGUAGAUCUAGUCCAAUAAUAUUAUCCCUCAUUGUGGUGGGGGCUGGGGAAUAAAU